CCGCUCUCUCCAUUCCUCUCUCUCUCUCUCUCUGCUGCUGCUGCAGCCGCUUCUCCUCCUCCGCCCUCUUCGAUCCCCUCCUCGCCAGGCCUGCAGCGGCCAGGGAUGUACCGCGCCGCCGCCGCCGACAUCCCGGUCUUCCCAUCUCCCGCGCGCAGGUCAGGUGCAGCUGUCCGUGAGAACUGAAAGGAGCUGAGGUUCCAUCCGAGGUGGUGGAAGAGAGGAGCUCGGAGCUCAAGAACGGAUUGCUUCUUUUCACCCCCCCCCCCCCCCCUCUCCGGCUGCUUCUCCAUUUCAGCCAUGGAGGAGGUGGAGGUGGCCAACAGGGCCGCGGUGGAGAGCUGCCACCGGGUGCUGGCCCUGCUCUCCCAGUCCCUGCAGCAGGACCCGGCCCUGCUCAAGAGCAUAGCUUCGGAGACGGGUGAAGCCUGCGCCAAGUUCAGGAAGGUGACCGCCCUCCUCGGCAAUGGCGGUAGCAGCGGGCAUGCUAGGGGCAGGUUCUCCAGGAGAGGCAGGCCUGCGGGGUUCUUCACCCUGAAGAGCCUCUUGGGGAGCAGCAGCGAUACCCCGUCGGAGCUGAUGCCGAGUACUGCUGCUGCUCCAUCUCCAUCUACUAGCUAUGCGCAAUUGCGUGCUCGGAUUAGUGGCGCGCCAGACCCACGAGGGCUGGAUUUGGCCAGCUCAAGCAGCAAGAGCGGCACUCAUCCGUUUGGAGCUCCAAAGAUGGUCCAGCCGUUGUCGGUGCAGUUCCAGAUUGGGAACGUCGCACAUCGGUACCCAUUCCACCAGCAGCCUUCGCGGCACAAGCUGCAGGCUGAGAUGUUCAGGAGGAGCAAUAGUGGGAUCAGUCUGAAGUUUGAUAGCCCUAGCCCCAGUGGUGGUGCAGGGACGAUGUCAUCUGCAAGGUCAUUCAUGUCAUCCUUGAGUAUGGAUGGGAGUGUGGCUAGCUUGGAUGGGAAGCGGCCAUUCCAUUUGGUUGGUGCGCCGGUGGCAAGUGACUCGGCUGAUGCAAACCGUGCGCCCAAGCGAAGGUGCACAGGUAGGGGGCAGGAUGGCACAGGCAAGUGUGCCACUACCGGCAGGUGCCAUUGCUCAAAGAGGAGGAAAUUGCGAAUUAAGAGGUCGAUAAAAGUGCCAGCAAUUAGCAAUAAAAUUGCUGAUAUACCUCCGGAUGAAUACUCUUGGCGGAAGUAUGGGCAGAAGCCGAUUAAGGGUUCCCCUCACCCAAGGGGUUACUACAAAUGCAGCAGUGUCAGGGGCUGCCCGGCAAGGAAGCACGUUGAGCGCUGCGUAGAUGACCCAGCUAUGCUAAUUGUGACUUAUGAAGGCGAGCACAACCAUACCCGACUGCCAGCACAGUCUGCCCAAACCUAGAGAAUCAGUAAAACUCAGCACUCCACACGUGAAGCGCAGGCCAUGCCUUUGCUGGAUGGCGGUCAUGUAGAAACUCGGUCCGGUGAUCUACGAUCUUUGAAUGCAGCAGUAACCAACAUGGAGCCAUUUGAGAAUCUGAUGAGCUGCUUGGCCCCUCCUUAGCUACAUGCUGUUAGAGAUGCUAUAGUGGGGACAUUCGAGCUGUUCACCUAUCUUGUGAGUUGUGGCACAUAUAAUUGAAAGAUGAUGCAGGAAAGAAAGGAAAAUCUGGCGUUUGAUAGCGACCGGGGAGCUUUGUGAGUGAGUUUGAAGGGGUUGAAAGCAAAGAUUUGAGGAAAAGAAGUGAACGACUGAGCAUCAUGCAAGGAUGGAUUAGGAUGGCCGGAUUGGCUUUUAGCGUGCACAAGUUCACUUGCGAUGACUUGCCUGUGUGUGUUGCUUUUGCUUUAUCGAAAGAUCAUCACCUCUUUUGUUGACAAAGGUGGUCCGUACUGACUGCUGACAAGCUAGGACCAUAUAGGUUUUCCAGGUGUAAGCAUUCGAGAAUGAAAGGUGCAAGUUAUUGGUGUGAUUUGCUAUCUCGGUACUAUUGCCCUUGUGUAAAGCAUUCUAUGUCAAUGAUUUGGGCAUCGAUUUGUGCCA